UUUCAGUGUUGCUAUAGCAAAUCUCCAUGGCAAUGACCCUAAUCAGGGAAGGGGGGAUGCGGAGGGGACGCAUGCUCAGAGGGGUGCUGGAGCCUCUCCUGCUCGCUUCAGCUGCUCCCAGGGUCUGAUACACAGGUGAAGACAAAGAUCAGGCAGGGAAGAUAGCUGGAAUUACUGCUGAGAGCCAUGGCGCUGCCGUCUGCCUGCAGCCUGAUGCGUGUGGCCAUCCCGCUCAUCUCGGUGCUUGCCCUGCUGAGUGUGAGCCUUGUGGGGGCCAGCCAGGACUCCGGGAGUGUCAUUCCUGCAGAAAGUCGUCCCUGUGUUGACUGCCAUGCAUUCGAGUUCAUGCAGAGGGCGUUGCAGGACUUAAAGAAGACGGCGUACAACCUAGACACACGGGCAGAAACCCUCCUCCUGAGAGCGGAAAAGAGAGGCCUGUGUGACUGCUUUCAUGCAAUACACUGAAUUGACCACUGAGAGUUGGCCAAUGAACACUUACUAGUUUUUAAAACGCUGUUCAAUAGAUUACAGGAAGACACAGAGUGCAAGUUGUGCCACACUGCAAGGAAAAGCACUUUUAUCCCAACAGGUACAGCUCAGUUACAUCAUUUUUGCUUUGAUGUGUUUUAUCAUUACUGUGUGCGCUAUUGCAUCUGCUGAAAUGGCAAUGGAAGAAACAGUGCCAAAGUCUCACUCAUGGGUUUUAUGCAAGGAUAGCACCUUGCUUUUCUCAUAUUUCAAGCCAAAAAUCGUCCUUGGACUGUCAGGCCAACCCCUCAGCACAUGUGAAUUGCCAUAGACCCAUGAAAGUCAGUGGAAUCAAACUCUUUUAUGUCUUGUCAUAGAACAUGUCCCUGACAUGGAAAGGAAGUGACUCUGCACCGAGGCAAAGCUAAACAUUUACAAACAAGCAGUCAUGGCUCUAUUUAGAAAUUAACAGUUGCCACUCAGUGCUUGGCAGUCCAAGGAAGGUAUUUGUUCCCAACUGUGUCAAUAGUCCAGUGAACAGCAAACACAGUAAUCUGUAUCACAAUUUCAGUUUCUUCAGAGCCACGCAGUAGCUGUGAUCUUUUUGGAGAGAUUUAUUAAGUCUCUAAUGUGAUCAGUAACAUUUGUAAUCGCAUGAAUACUGCCUGGCAAUUGAACUGAUUGCAUCUGCCAAAAUCUGCUGGAGAAGUGUCUUUCAUUAGGCAAAUCACAUACUGGAUUGAACCACUCAAACUGGCCCUUACAGAGAGCUUUGGCAGAGAGCCUGUGGAACGCCUGCAUGCCCAAGAGUCUCUUGCAAAUCAUGUUUCGAGAAUAUUUAACUUCUACCAAAAUAGUCCAUAGUUCUUGCAUGCACUUUACACUCUGUAGCAGUGAGUUACAGUGCUGAUACUAUUAAUACUCCUCCUGCAGUCAACGUGAGACAAGAGAGGACAAAACAAUGUAGGCAGCGUAGUAGUAGUAGUAGUAGUAACAACAAGGUUGUGCCUUGUUACUCUUUGAGAAAGAAUAACAAAUCCUUUCUUAUUGUUCUACUUUUUUCUUUAUUUUGGGGGGAGAAGGGCAGAAAUGUGCCCAGUGGAAAGUUCGUGCAGGUAAUAAUAAACUUUUCAUAGGGCUUAAAAUGUAAUCUCCAAAGUAUAAUUGAUAGAGACUUGUAUAUCAGCUAGAGCAUCCAGGUACAAGCUAGACACCUUUAUACAAACAAGAGCAUGGGAGCAGUAUCAGCAACAUUGGUUUUAAAGUAAUUUUACCAUUCUUACUGACACGUGUCUUCCCAUUAGUGGCAAUUUUGCUGUCAGGCUGCUCAGUAAGUUAUGGUAAAUAACUUACCUCUCUGUAUGUUUCCAAACCACUUCCCUCCCAUUUCAUCUACUACAUUAGGCAUAGGGAAAUAAGGAAUCAUGACCCACUGCCAAGUCACUGUUUUGUGUGCAGUCAUACUCACUAACACAAGGCAGGUUAUUACCAUUUAGAAUGCCAAAGUUGUUUGAAAGGCGUAUGGUUCUCAGCAAGGAAAAGCUUCCUUGCACCUGCAUUUCAAGUAGGGAAUUUGCUUUGUCCUUUGUGGUAUUAUAUUAAAACCCUUUAUAGGUCAUCAGGACCUAGUUUGUAUAAAAGAGAAGCAGCAUGACUUGCUGAAUAUGUGUUCAGUCAUGUGCCAACAGCAACACAGUGCUCCUAGUAGCAUUUCACUCCACCAUGGCACUGGUAACUGACUAGUGAGAAUCAAUAGAGGUUCUUAUCAUAGACCAUAUUUUAUUCUACAGUAGGUUUAACACCACUCCUUUGCAAAACACCAACCAUAGAUUACUUUACUCCCACCUGCACUUGAACCAAAGUAAUGCACAGAUUUUGAGGUGGCUUUUUGCAGGAGCUCCAGCAUUGAACCUGUGAAUUUUCCAGCACAGCUCAACCUUUUCAGGAACAGCAUGUCUAUAGUUUUGUAUUGCUACUGUGCAUGCUUAUUCUGCUGGUACCUUAAAUAAUCUUGCAAAGCCCUGUUAAGAAGCAUUGGGGGUUUGGCUAUGUUUUUAUUUAGAGAAAUAGGUGAAGUUUUGUUCUAUGCAGCUUGUUACACUAAAAGGUGGAAUGAAUGACAAGUGGAUGUUCUCUGACUCCCAAAGGGAUCAGAGUGACACUGCAACUUUACGGUCGCGAUGGCAGUGAUUAUUCUGUAUGCACUCAUCUUUGUCUAUAACACAAUACAAUAAAAGGGCAAGAUGCAUUAUAGUA